UAUUUUCGAUUUCUGUAAGAAUUAAAGUUUUGCCUUGUUUGGAAAAAUUUUUUUGUCUUAAAAAUUUGUGGUCUAUUUAGUUAAACUUUUGUGAAAAUUCUUGGUCCAUUUAGUUUCAGUUUGGUGAAAACUCGGCAUGAGAACAAACUCUCAACAAAGAUGAAGAGAUCCAAAAAGUCAGUUGCCAAAACCAAUCAUUCAAAAAAAAUAACAGUUGAAGACAAAGAGAAGAACAUACGUAAUUACAUGAACAUACAACGUAACUCACAGCACGCAUUCUCUUUCUUAACUGCCAAAAGUAAACCGUCUAAGACUGCUGCAAUUGAUGCUUCCGAAUGGAUUAUAUGUAAGCGUGCAAAAGAUGCCCCUAGGUGCAAUAAUCUAGCACAUUCCUUGACUGCCUCGGCUAGGAAUCUAAGUCACAGUUUCAUCACAAAGCAGAAAGCGAAUAUACCAGCGAGUGUUAUUGGUCGUAUUAAGAGUGAAGCCGAACAAGCUGCUGCAACUAGUCCCAAAGGUGCUGAAGGAAAACAAAAUGAACCGGAAACUUACAAACUUAACAUUAUUAGCGGCACACCCUUACCGCCAUCGUUUGCGGAGAAAUUAGUCUUCGGUAAAUACUGUUGUGAUGAAAACGAAACGUUCUCUGAUUGCGCGGGUGAAGCGAGUGGUCUUACACUAAAUGCAGAAGCAAGUACAAGCGCUAAUGGUGACAAAAAGAUUGGUAUUCCCAGAAGCAAAUACACUCUUACAAAGCCAACUCAGUCUUCAAACGAACAACAAAUGUCAGAACGAGAUACUGUUGAUGACUUUUGCGAUGUUAUGCGAAAGCUGGCUUUAAGAGAUUUAGCUGAGGAUGCUGAUCGCUCUCUCUCCAGUGGACUCCACUUGAAGUAGCAACAACUGAAAUCAAAUCUUGUCGAAAACUGUCAACAAUUCAAAACUAAUGAAAGGUUAAACACUUCGCAAGUAAUCACUUUUCGCAUCAAUGAUAAUUAAAACAUGUAUUAAAAAAAAACAAAUACACAGUUUGGCCGUAAUAUUUUACAUAGUUCGUAAAAUUACUAUUGAAGUAUAAAUAAUUAAAUUAGUAUGUAAAUGUGGUUCCAGUUUUAUUUUAACGACUACAUAUAUCUUUUUCAAUCUUGAAUAAAAAGAAUC